AUGGAGGACACCCAGCUCCAUAUCAUCGAGCAGCCGCUUCCCGGGUACCCCGACGCCGAGGGUCCGGGGCCCUCCCUCGUGGGGGCUCCAGAGGCAGAGGAGCCGUCGGGGGCCGCCUCUGAAGAACUGAUCAAGUCCGACCAGGUGAACGGCGUGCUGGUACUGAGCCUUCUGGACAAAAUCAUCGGCGCAGUCGACCAGAUCCAGCUGACCCAGGCCCAGCUGGAGGAGCGGCAGGCGGAGAUGGAGGGCGCUGUGCAGAGCAUCCAGGGCGAGCUGAGCAAGCUGGGCAAGGCACACGCCACCACCAGCAACACCGUGAGCAAGUUACUGGAGAAGGUGCGCAAGGUCAGCGUCAACGUGAAGACUGUGCGCGGCAGCUUGGAGCGCCAGGCUGGCCAGAUCAAGAAGCUGGAGGUCAACGAGGCCGAGCUGCUGCGGCGCCGCAACUUUAAAGUCAUGAUCUACCAGGAUGAAGUGAAGCUGCCCGCCAAGCUGAGCAUCAGCAAGUCACUGAAGGACUCGGAGGCACUGCCCGAGAAGGAGGGCGAUGAGCUGGGUGAGGGCGAGCGGCCCGAGGACGCGGCAGCGGUGGAGCUAUCGUCCGACGAGGCAGUGGAGGUGGAGGAAGUCAUCGAGGAGUCGCGCGCCGAGCGCAUCAAGCGCAGUGGCCUGCGGCGCGUGGACGACUUCAAGAAAGCCUUCUCCAAGGAGAAGAUGGAGAAGACCAAGGUGCGCACCCGCGAGAACCUGGAGAAGACGCGGCACACGCUGGAGAAGCGCAUGAACAAGCUGGGCACGCGCCUCGUCCCAGCCGAGCGGCGUGAGAAGCUUAAAACCUCCAGAGAUAAGCUGCGCAAGUCCUUCACGCCCGACCACGUGGUAUACGCACGCUCCAAGACCGCUGUGUAUAAGGUGCCGCCCUUCACCUUCCAUGUCAAGAAGAUCCGCAAGGGUGAGGUGGAGGUGCUGAAGGCCACCGAGAUGGUGGAGGUGGGCGCCGACGAGGAGGAGGGCGGUGCGGAGCACAGCGAGGCCGCUGACCUGCUGCGCGGGAGCAGCCCAGAUGUGCACACGCUGCUGGAGAUCACAGAGGAGUCGGACGCCGUGCUGGUGGACAAGAGCGACAGCGACUGAGCCGGGCACGGGCCUCUGCCCGGGAAGGCCGCGCCGCCUCGCCCUGUCUCUCUCCUCCCCUGCC